GUAAACAAAGUACAUGAACAGGAGCUUAAGCUAACACAUGACAUCGAUCAAUCCUCUGAAAGUGCAACACAUGAUGCCACAGAAAAUUCAGAAAUAAUUUCUGGAAACCUGAUAGACCAAGCUGAGUUGAUUGUGAAAAGUACUAAUGAUUCUGCUGCCAAGCAGGAAGAUUCAAAUCCUGAUGACAAACAGGAAAAGCAUCCUACAAAAGAAAACAACUUUGAGCCUGUAGAGCAGACAAAUGAGGAUUAUCAUGUAUAUGAUACAGAGAAACUACAGAUCAGUGACAUUGAAAUAGGAGACACUGCAGUAGGUCAGGUGUGUGAGAUUGAAGGCCAAGAAGAGCAUGAUGCAAAACCCAGUGCUGAACAAACAGUUCAUCAGGAGAAGGAAGGACUCUUAUCUGAAAUGGAGGAGAGUGACUCUUCUUUACAAACCCCGCAAUCAGAAAUACAUGUUCCUUUGGACUCCCAAACUCAGCAAGACGACACAGACUUCAACCCCAUUGGGAACAGAAGAAAACUGGGGUCUAGCCGAAGAAAUAAAGGAAGACAGCGUGCCAAGGAGUCUGUUGCGGAAUCAUACCACAGACCUACAGAGGAAGUUGUUGGAAAUACCAGGGAUAAUGAAGACCUUGAAACAACACAAAUGUUUGUGGCAAUAGAGAGAACGACUCAGGAAAAAUUAAGUCAAGGGAGUGAACAUGAUGUCAUCACGUCUGCAGAACAUGAUAGCUCUUUGUAUUCAGCCAUUAUGCCUGGUUAUUCUUCUGAGGUCCAGAACCCCACUACAACAAGUUAUUCAGAGUCUAACCUGGAAAGUUUAAUUCCUAAAAGUGAAAAUCUUCAAGAAGAUCAUGAUGAAAGUGAGACUGACUUUAAAGUGGAGGAGUCUGAUAAAUCAGUGAGAGCCACGCUGGAAGGAAUGGACAAAUCUGACACUCUUCAGAUUCAAGACGUCAGAGGUGCUCAUCAUUUAGGAGAUGAUGUAAACAAAGUACAUGAACAGGAGCUUAAGCUAACACAUGACAUCGAUCAAUCCUCUGAAAGUGCAACACAUGAUGCCACAGAAAAUUCAGAAAUAAUUUCUGGAAACCUGAUAGACCAAGCUGAGUUGAUUGUGAAAAGUACUAAUGAUUCUGCUGCCAAGCAGGAAGAUUCAAAUCCUGAUGACAAACAGGAAAAGCAUCCUACAAAAGAAAACAACUUUGAGCCUGUAGAGCAGACAAAUGAGGAUUAUCAUGUAUAUGAUACAGAGAAACUACAGAUCAGUGACAUUGAAAUAGGAGACACUGCAGUAGGUCAGGUGUGUGAGAUUGAAGGCCAAGAAGAGCAUGAUGCAAAAUCCAGUGCUGAACAAACAGUUCAUCAGGAGAAGGAAGGACUCUUAUCUGAAAUAGAGGAGAGUGACUCUUCUUUACAAACCCCGCAAUCAGAAAUACAUGUUCCUUUGGACUCCCAAACUCAGCAAGAUGACACAGACUUCAACCCCAUUGGGAACAGAAGAAAACUGGGGUCUAGCCGAAGAAAAGAAGGAAGACAGAAGGUUAAGGAGUCUGUUGCAGAAUCAUACCAUGAACACAAAGAAGAAGUUGUAGAACUUACCAGAGGUAAUGAAGACCUUGAUACAACACAAAUGUUAGUGGCAAUAGAGAGAACAAGUCAGGAAAAAUUGAGUCAAGGGAGUGAACAUAAUGUCAUCACGUCUGCAGAACAUGAUAGCUCUUUGUAUUCAGCCAUUAUGCCUGGUUAUUCUUCUGAGGUCCAGAACCCCAAUACAACAAGUUAUUCAGAGUCUAACCUGGAAAGUUUAAUUCCUAAAAAUGAAAAUCUUCAAGAAGAUCCUGAUGAAAGAGAGACUGACUUUAAAGUGGAGGAGUCUGAUAAAUCAGUGGGAGCCACGCUGGAAGGAAUGGACAAAUCUGACACUCUUCAGAUUCAAGAUGUCAGAGGUGCUCAUCAUUCAGAGGAUGAUGUAAACAAAGUACAUGAACAGGAGCUUAAGCUAACACAUGAAAUCGAUCAAUCCUCUGAAAGUGCAACACAUGAUGCCACAGAAAAUUCAGAAAUAAUUUCUGGAAACCUGAUAGACCAAGCUGAGUUGAUUGUGAAAAGUACUAAUGAUUCUGCUGCCAAGCAGGAAGAUUCAAAUCCUGAUGACAAACAGGAAAAGCAUCCUACAAAAGAAAACAACUUUGAGCCUGUAGAGCAGACAAAUGAGGAUUAUCAUGUAUAUGAUACUGAGAAACUACAGAUCAGUGACAUUGAAAUAGGAGACACUGCAGUAGGUCAGGUAUAUGAGAUUGAAGGCCAAGUAGAGCAUGAUGUAAAACCCAGUGCUGAACAAACAGUUCAUCAGGAGAAGGAAGGACUCUUAUCUGAAAUGGAGGAGAGUGACUCUUCUUUACAAACCUUGCAAUCAGAAAUACAUGUUCCUUUGGACUCCCAACCUCGGCAAGACGACACAGACUUCAACCCCAUUGGGAACAGAAGAAAACUGGGGUCUAGCCGAAGAAAUAAAGGAAGACAGCGUGCCAAGGAGUCUGUUGCGGAAUCAUACCACAGACCUACAGAGGAAGUUGUUGGAAAUACCAGGGAUAAUGAAGACCUUGAAACAACACAAAUGUUUGUGGCAAUAGAGAGAACGACUCAGGAAAAAUUAAGUCAAGGGAGUGAACAUGAUGUCAUCACGUCUGCAGAACAUGAUAGCUCUUUGUAUUCAGCCAUUAUGCCUGGUUAUUCUUCUGAGGUCCAGAACCCCACUACAACAAGUUAUUCAGAGUCUAACCUGGAAAGUUUAAUUCCUAAAAGUGAAAAUCUUCAAGAAGAUCAUGAUGAAAGUGAGACUGACUUUAAAGUGGAGGAGUCUGAUAAAUCAGUGAGAGCCACGCUGGAAGGAAUGGACAAAUCUGACACUCUUCAGAUUCAAGACGUCAGAGGUGCUCAUCAUUUAGGAGAUGAUGUAAACAAAGUACAUGAACAGGAGCUUAAGCUAACACAUGACAUCGAUCAAUCCUCUGAAAGUGCAACACAUGAUGCCACAGAAAAUUCAGAAAUAAUUUCUGGAAACCUGAUAGACCAAGCUGAGUUGAUUGUGAAAAGUACUAAUGAUUCUGCUGCCAAGCAGGAAGAUUCAAAUCCUGAUGACAAACAGGAAAAGCAUCCUACAAAAGAAAACAACUUUGAGCCUGUAGAGCAGACAAAUGAGGAUUAUCAUGUAUAUGAUACAGAGAAACUACAGAUCAGUGACAUUGAAAUAGGAGACACUGCAGUAGGUCAGGUGUGUGAGAUUGAAGGCCAAGAAGAGCAUGAUGCAAAAUCCAGUGCUGAACAAACAGUUCAUCAGGAGAAGGAAGGACUCUUAUCUGAAAUAGAGGAGAGUGACUCUUCUUUACAAACCCCGCAAUCAGAAAUACAUGUUCCUUUGGACUCACAAACUCAGCAAGAUGACACAGACUUCAACCCCAUUGGGAACAGAAGAAAACUGGGGUCUAGCCGAAGAAAUAAAGGAAGACAGCGUGCCAAGGAGUCUGUUGCGGAAUCAUACCACAGACCUACAGAGGAAGUUGUUGGAAAUACCAGGGAUAAUGAAGACCUUGAAACAUCCAAAAUGGCUUUAACAAUUGAAACAGCAGUGCUGGAAAAGUCACUGGAAGGAGUGGACACAUUUGACACUGCUCAAACUGAAGAGGUUAGUGGUCAUGUUGGCACACUUACUGGCAUCUCCGAGCUUACAAGUUCAUAUUUAAAUUCAAGUUCAACAGGAGAUCAACAGCUCAUCGACCAAUCAAAAUCCAUGGAGAUGCCAGAAGAAGAACUCCCAACUGUGGAUUCUGUAACAGAAAAAGAAAGCAAGGAAAAAGACAAGGAGACAGAAUUUUUAAGACAAGAUGGAAAUUUACAGGUUAACUAUUUGGUGAGUGAGUCACAUUUAAAAUCAGACGAUAUAGUGUACACUGAAAUUGAACACAGCAUUGAGCAAACAGUAAUUUCAUCAUCAAAUGAGGAACAAAUAGAGCAUGUAAACGUAUGUCACGUCAGAGGAGCUCUGCAUUCACAAGAUGUUGUAAAUGAAGUGCAUGAAGAGACAGUCACAACAACACAAAUUCAAGAGCUGCAUCAAAUUGAUUUCUCUUCAGUUAAGGAGAGUGAAUGUUCUUCACAAACCCUGCAAUCAGAAACAAAUGCUCCUUUGGUCUCCAAUCCCCUGGACAACUCUGUGAGAAUGGAAGAAAAAACCCACACAGGCCUCAACCCUAUUGGGAACAGAAGAAAACUGGGAUCUAGUCGAAGGAAUAAAGGACGACAGCAGGUUAAGGAACAUAUUGCUGAAUCAUACCAUGAACAGAAAAAAGAAGCUAUAGAAGGUAACGUGGGUGAUGAAACCCUUGAAACAACAAAAAUGUCAUUAGCAACGACUACAACUUGGCAUGAAGAGUUAAAAGAGGAAACUGAUCAAGACCUCAAACCGGCUCCAGUAAGAAAAAUUAGAUCUUUGAUUAAUGAAGAGAACACUGAAAAGAUGCCAGAGGAAGCCACAGUUUUGUCACAGAAUGUAAUGGACAACAGUACAAUUGUGACAACAGACAUUACUUCAAGCUCAGGCAAAAAGGGCUCUGUCAAAUCCAAGGAGGGCAUCUAUGAGGAGGAAAAGAAUCUCAUAAAACAGCCUGAGAAUUUAAGUCAGUUUACAGGAUAUGACACAGUUAAAACUGACUUGAUACAAUCACCAGAGGAUGAUUCAGACAUACAGAAUAUCUCAUAUCAUGAUGACAAUGUCACAAGGUCAAUUACUUCGGAUGUUCUUGAGCAAGAAGGUGCCUAUCAAGCCCAAAAGACGGAAGCUUUAUCUUGUGACAAAGACUCACUGGGACAAGAAAGUAAUAUGCAGCAGACACAUGGUACAAUAGGAACUGUGGGAGAUGUCACGAUCAAAGACUAUACAGAAGCGGAGAGUUUAAUGGAUGUGAAACUUUCUGGGCAGGAAGUUGGAGAAGAAUUUGAAGAUCCGACAAAGAAAGACCAUGAAGUCCAAGAAAUGAAUGCUUCACAAGAGAUCACUCAUCCUGAACUGUUGUCUGCUGCAUACAACAAAAACACUGUGGCUCUAAUUGACAUUGGUCUCAAGGAAAAUGUCAAAGCAGAUGCAGGGAAAUCCAACCAGAAGAGGAGAAAGAUGGGCUCUACUCGCCGGACUCAACUCCAUAAGAAACCAGAGGAAGGAAUGGACAACAAAGAUGAAACAAAAGAAAGCGACUUUAACAUUGAAGCUGAGAUGAAAAUUUUGGACAAAAUGGAAGUUGUGCCGGAGAUACUAAUGAUUGUAACUACAGAGGAAUCACAGAAUGAAAAUGCAAAACCGUCACUGAGUCCUGUGUAUAAACAACAACAGGAAACUACUGAAACCGGAGCCGUUCACAAGAACUCACGAAGCAGUAUCUCUGACCUGCAGAGAAUACAGAGUGAUGUGAUAUCAGACAUAGAUGAAUUGAAGGCUCCCACUCCUGGACAGUCAGCCUCCCACAAUGAAGAAGUUGUUAAUCCUGUUGUUCAGGUAGCUGAUAUAAACAAUACAAACACUGGUAUCAGUGGGGUGAGCUUUGUGUCUUUAAGUGAAACCACACAGGGUACACAAAAUGAUGAGGAAAGACCAGUAAACAUAGUAGAUUUGGAAACAGUGAAAUCUGUAGUCAGAGGAGGAGGUGCAGAGGAGCACAAGAGUGCCCAGGCUGAAAUACAAGAGCCAAACAGCGUGAAUGAAGGAGCUCCCAAUAUAAAUCUCGAUAUGAAGAAUGCAAGUCCCAAUUUAAAUUCAAGCAGCAGGAGAAGAAAGAUGGGCUCCACCCGCAAGAAUCUCGGAUCACAAAGCAAAAGGGAAGACUUGAAUCAAAAGCAGGAGGUGGAUAAUGAGGCAACAGAAACCGCAACAAAUGUUGGAGGCAUCAAACAAGAGCUACAACUUUACAUAGAAGACAAAGACAGUGAUUCAGAACAAAGGAAAGAAAAAGUAUUCGAAACAGUGGAGUACAGCCAAACCGGUGAGUCUCACUUCAAACCCCCAUCUCACCAGACAUUUGAGGAAAAUCCUGUUUCUCAUGGCCAACUAGUAGAAACAGAGCAUCAGCUAACUCCCAAUUAUCCCCCUAUAAUGCCAUCCACUUCUCCCAAACAUGACAUAAUGUCAGAAUCAGCAUCUGGUGGAAGAAGAAGAAAAAUGGGAUCUCACCGGAAGUCACAUGGACACCAAAACAAUGAAAACCAAACUGGAAGAGGGGAAAGAUUACCAAAUACACAGAAUGGCAGAGAUGAAAGUGUCAUCAAGACAACUGAAGAAGAAUCUUUUGGCCUGGACAAAAUAACAGAGGUUGAUGAAAGUGACAAGAAAGCAUCAUCUAACAUCACCUCAAAGGCAGGAGAGCAUUCAAGGCCUGUGAGUGGGAAGACUCCUGAACGAGUGAAUCCGGUUCGACAUCCUAACACUGAAAUCCACCUGAGUCAAGAGAGUCAAAAGACAGUUUCUCUGGCAGAUACUUCCAGAGGAGCAGAUCUCAGAUCAAACAGGUACAACGUGGUGAUGGUUGGAGACAGCAGUGUGGGAAAAACCUCUUUCAUGAAAAGAGCUCAAAGUGGGAAGUUUUCUUUAGAUUUACCCGCAUCUGUUGGACUUGAUUCCUGCGUGUGGACUGUGCUAGUGGAUGGAAAACCUGUGGUGCUACAGUUGUGGGAUACAGCAGGUCAAGAAAGGUUUCACAGCCUCACAAGACAGAUUUUACAUAAAGCCCAGGCAUUUCUCUUGAUGUAUGACAUCACUUCCUCUCAGAGUUUCUCUGCAGUCAGCUACUGGGCAACAUGUAUUCAGGAAGGGGCUGCAGAAAACACGACCAUUUUACUUCUUGGGAACAAGAGUGAUCACGCAGAACGCAGAGUUCAAACUAAGGAAGCAGAAAUUCUCGCUAAGGAGUACAACUUUGAAUUCAUGGAGUGCAGUGCUGCCACAGGUGAAAAUGUGGUUCAGUCUUUGGAAACCGUGGCCAGGAUGUUGAGUCAAAAUGCUGACACAACAGAAAAAACCACGGUGUUACACAGAGAGCCCACACAGAAAAAAUCAUCAGGAUGUUGCUGAAAUGAUGUGGGUCAAAAGCAUCUGUGGCUGCACAUGGAAAGUUUUUUAUGUACAUUUCUUCUUCUUGUAAUCAGUUUGAUUUUAAAAUGUCUUCAUUUACACAGAUGUAUAUGUUAAUUUCCUUUGCACGAUUACCUUUAGCUGUUUUAUUUGUAACAAGUAAAUGAUUGAUCUUGAGGACAAUAUACAGUAGAGAACAGUUUAAGAGUAAGUUGCAUAAAAUAUACUUGUUAAAAUGGAGCAUUUUCAGAUGAGCUUUUACUGGAAGAGGAAACCCCAGAGGGGAUUCUGAUGUAUAUUUACUGCGUACCUUCAUGUUUAUACAAAACUGUAAAGCUGGUGCAGGCUUUCUGUGGUGGCAGGUCAGUUGUAAGAGAUCAAAGAAAUAGUUAUACAUGAAUAAUCUUUUGCAUUUUGCACUGUUUGUUUUAACGUAACAGAUUGAUUUUCCUUCUGGAAUAUAAUAGCCUUACUCUUCUUGUGCAAUUCAAAUGAUCACAUCAAGUCAAUAUUUGUAGAGUACAGACUGUAAUAAUUAAUCUAACUGAGAUACCAAUGUUUUAGUACUUCAGCACUUUCAGUUCAGAACCGUUUCUCAGGUCCUUAGUGGAAAAAAGAAAAACAGUAAAAAGAUUAUAUACUCUAUAUUGUAAAAUAUUGAGUAUUUGUUCAACAGUGUCUCUAAUUUUACUUCCAUAAUAUAAAUAUAUAUUAAAAGUAGUAUGCGUAUGUCUUUAAAUUAUGAAUCUAUAACUAUGAACAGGCAAGUAACCUUGUUGGAAGUUACAAAACAUGGUACCAAACUGUGGUAACUACUAAAUUGUGAGUAUAUUUAUAUCAUAAGUGUUCCUAUAUUUCCAGUAUGAAAUGUAUUAUGAACAUAAGCAUGUUUUAAUCUUUGUAGCUGUUUAGCCCACAGUUAUUCAAUAAUUACAUAAAGUGUAUUGUGAUUUUCUAUGUUCAACAUCUGUUUAAAAUGAACUGUGUUGGCAUUCGUCCUACUUUCAGUGGGUCACACAGUUGCCAGGAAGAUCAGAUCAUCAUAAAUACAUUUCCUGCCUCUAUAAUUAAAAACAGUGGUGGUGACAGACUUAACAGGCUUUAAAUAAACUGUACAUAUAAAAUUAUCUGUGCAUGUCCCUAUAACUUGUGUCGCUAAAUACCGAACUGUUCUGUUAUGUCUCAGCUUAAUAAACCUCCAGAACAACAA